AUGUUAUCUCCUGCAUCAACAGGCUCCAAUGGCUCUAGUAGUAUUAAAAUGCUCUCAAAAGACCCCGAGCGAUACAAGGCGCAAGGAAUGGCUGAUCUCGCUACUCAUGUCAACAAUUACAAAGGACCAUGUCGUCUAUUUGACAACUUCGAUCUUGAGAUCAUGGCUAAGGCUUUCCGGAACGUCCUAAGGGCGGACCUCCAGCGUGUGACAGAGCAGAAAGCACUUAAAGAAGGUGUUCUUCAUGUGAUCCAAAACUUUGAGUAUCCAGAAGAUUGGUAUAUCGUCCCAAUGAUAUUUGAGAAAAUGAAACCAAGCAAUCACAGACCCUUUGCCGAUAUUAUCGGUGAUAUGGUCAAGACUGGCAGUAUCCGCAUUACCGACGCUGCUGACCUUACGGUGGAAGAGGUUCUCGAUUGGGAAGCUAAGAACCAAGAUACUAGAGCAGACAGCGUAUGA